AUGCAACAGUGGAUUUUUGCAGUCCAGAAAAAACAGCUUGUGCAAUACUACCUUAUUGUAUUACAGACCCUGAUGAUAUGGAUCGAAAGACACCGGCCAAUUACAUUCGAAGACAUGGAUGGGCGAAAACAGAUAAUUGAUGCAUUGAAGAGCUACACACUUGAAAGCAUCCCGCACAUAAUAGUACACGGACAGUCUGGAUUUGGUAAAAGAACUGUUCUGAUGAGCCUGGUCAACCAUUUGUAUGGAGGAGCUCCAGAGAUGAGGCACAGAACGAUCGAGGUUACAAGCGGCUCAAAGAAACUGGAGGUUGCAUACACAGAUUCAGAUGGAUACAUGGAGAUAUGCCCAGCGAAAUACGGUCAUCACGACAAGGCAAUUGUUCAAAGCGUGAUAAAAGAGAUGGCACAGACGAAGCCAAUACUGUCAAUGCUUGGAGGAAUGACAAAAAAAGCAGCAAUAAAGCUUGUUGCAAUAAUAUCAGCAGAGCAGCUGUCUAUAGAGGCGCAGGCUGCAUUGAGAAGAACUAUAGAAGUGUACAGUGGAUGCCUCAGGGUUGUGCUUGUGUGUGAGGAGCUUUCAAGGCUGAUUGAGCCAAUAAGGAGCAGAUGCUUUUUUGUAAGAGUUCCAGGAUUUUCGGAUGCUGAGGUGAUGGGUGUGAUGAACAAAGUGCUCGAGAAGGAGAACUACAGUGUGUCUGCACAGACACUGGCAGAGAUAUCUAGUGAGUGUGCAGGAAACAUGCGCAGAGCAUUGUGCAUGCUCGAGCUUUUUUGCUUCAACAUGGCUGAUGGAGACGGCAAGAGAGCAAAGAUACAAGACAGAGGCAUGAAGCUUGAAUGGGAGUCAAUAAUAUCGUCAAUUACAUUGAUUGUAAAGUCAAGGCAAACAUCAGAAGGGUUUAUUGAGAUACGAAAGCUGCUAUAUACGCUGUUGAACAGCUGUAUUUCAUCAAGAACGAUUCUUCUUGAGUUGUUUCGGCAGCUUUCUACUGGCGUGGAUUCCAGGAUGCUUCUACUACUCUGUAGAAAUGCAUUGAUGUAUGAAGAGAGAAUGAAAAAGGGCACAAAGGGAAUCUACCACUUGGAAGGAUUUGUCACAUCUUCGAUGUGUGUGUUUGCAGAAAGAGCAUAG